CACGUUCGAAAUAUGUUACAGAAAGGAAUAUAUGUUUACCGGCAUGUUUGGCCUGAAAUGAAAUUUGGCUGGAAAAUCGUAGUUGGUACCAUUAUUGGAUUCAUUGGAGCAGCAUGUGGGAGCGUAGGAGGAGUAGGAGGUGGUGGAAUUUACGUUCCCAUGCUUACUUUGAUCAUUGGAUUUGACGCAAAGACUUCGGUACCAAUAUCGAAAUGUAUGAUAACUGGGGCAGCUUUGUCAACAGUAUAUUACAACUUGAAGAGAAGACACCCAACACUUGAUAUGCCAGUCAUUGACUACAACUUAACUCUACUCAUUCAACCUAUGCUCAUGCUUGGUAUUAGUAUUGGUGUCAUUCUUAGUGAAGUCUUUAAUGACUGGAUGGUGACUGUUCUCCUUAUUGUUCUUUUCUUAGCCACAUCAACUAUGUCGUUUUUCAAGGGUGUGGAAACUUGGAAAAAGGAAUCCAGAUUAAAGAAGGAGGUUAACUGCUUGGAGUCAAAUGGUGAGGAAGAUGUCUUAGAAGAUAAUCCUCUGGCAAUUGAACCAAGUAAUGGUACCAGUACUCAAAAACAGAAACGAGAAAUGGUACCGAUUCUUGAGAAUGUCUACUGGAAAGAACUUGCUAUUCUUGUCUCAGUUUGGGUUGCAUAUCUUGUUCUUCAGAUUUUUAAGAACAAAAUGGUUACCUGCUCAACAACGUACUGGAUUUUGUCCUCAAUUCAGAUCCCAAUUUCGGUGGGAGUGACAGCUUAUACGUCAGUCGGACUGUACAAGGGAAAGAAAGUGAUUGCAUCUCCAGGAGAAAAAGGCACAAAUUGGAAGGUUCACCAGCUGAUUUUUUAUUCUGCAGUUGGUGUUUUUGCAGGAGUGGUAGGUGGAUUAUUAGGUAUGGGUGGUGGCUUCAUUUUAGGUCCCCUUUUCCUACAGGUUGGGAUUCCUCCACAGGUUUCAACCGCAACAGCUACAUUCGCCAUGUUGUUUUCAUCGUCCAUGUCCGUCGUUGAAUACUAUCUUCUUAAACGUUUUCCAGUCCCUUAUGCUCUCUAUUUUUUUGCUGUGGCAACUUUAUCUGCCUUAGCAGGACAACAUGUUGUGAGAAAAAUCAUCUCAAUAUUAGGAAGAGUUUCUCUCAUUAUCUUCAUUUUAUCCAUCACAAUCUUUGUCAGUGCAAUCUUUCUAGGUGGGGAUGGUGUAGCCAACAUGACUAGAAAAAUUGAGCAUAAACAGUACUUGGGUUUCGAGAAAUUGUGCCAAUGA